CGAGCUGCCCGCUUCUGAUCGUCGUCCCUCUCCUCAUAGUCCGGGAAUCGUCGCCAUGCCUUUCCGCACCGAUUUAAGCACGGAACCGCCAGCGAGGGCCGGGCAGAGCGACACCUAUGCGGAUAAUCUCGAGGUCGACGUCCUUAUCGUCGGGGCCGGCUUUGGCGGAGUCUACCUGCUGCACAAACUCCGCGACGAGUUUGGCAUGAAGGUGAAGGUCGUCGAGGCGGGAAAGGACCUUGGCGGGAUCUGGUACUGGAAUUGCUACCCUGGCGCGCGCGUCGACUCGAUGGUUCCGGUAUACGAAUACAGCAUGGAAAAGCUAUGGAAGAACUGGAACUGGACGGAGAAGUACCCGGACUGGGCCGAGCUGCGCAAGUACUUCGACUUUGUCGACAAGCAGCUCGACAUCAAGAAGGACGUCGCCUUCGACUCGAAGGUCGUCGGCGCGCGGUUCGACAAGGCGUCGCAGAGAUGGGUCACGAAGCUGGAAGACGGCCGGACGGCGUACUCCAAGUUGUUCAUCUGCGCCACCGGGUUCGCGGCGAAGCGGUAUUUUCCCGAUUGGCCCGGUCUGGACACGUUCAAGGGUAUCAUGCACCACUCGUCGUUCUGGCCCAGCGAGGGCGUCGAUGUCGCCGGUAAGCGAGUCGCGGUCAUCGGCACCGGUUCUACCGGCAUCCAGAUCGCGCAGGAGACGGCGAAGACGGCGAAGUCCGUCACCGUGUUCCAGCGCACGCCCAACCUUUGCCUGCCAAUGCGUCAGGAGAAGUUGACCAAGGAGGCGCAGGAGGCGCAGAAGAAGGAUUAUCCCGAGUUCUACAAGAACCGCAUGACGACCUUCUCCGGCUUCCCCAUGGACUUUGUCGAUCGCAACACGCUGGACGACACCCCUGAGCAGCGCGAGGCGUUCUUCGAGGAGCUCUGGCAGAAGGGCGGAUUCUGGUUCUGGCUGGGCACGUACAAGGACAUGCUGAAGGACGAGAAGGCCAACGACGAGGCGUACAAGUUCUGGGCGAAGAAGACGCGCGCACGCAUCACCGAUCCCGUCAAGCGCGACAUCCUCGCGCCGCUCGAAAAGCCGCACCCGUGGGGGACCAAGCGCCCCUCCCUCGAGCAGAACUUUUACGAGAUGCUGGACCGGCCGGAGAACGAGGUGGUCGACGUGAAGAAGACGCCGAUCGUCGAGGUGACCGAGAAGGGCGUCAGGACCGCCGACGACAAGGAACGCGAGUUCGACGUCAUCGCCCUCGCCACCGGUUUCGACUCCUUGACGGGCGGGAUGAAGAGCAUGGGCCUGAAGGACGUCAACGGCGCGGACCUGAGCGAGAAGUGGAAGAACGGGACGUACAGCUACCUCGGCAUGACGUUGUCGGGAUUUCCCAACCUGUUCUACCUCUACGGCGCCCAGGGCCCGACGGCGUUCGCCAACGGCCCCAGCUGCCUCGAGAGCCAGGCAGGCUGGAUCCUAUCCGCCAUCGCGAAGAUGAGGAAGGAGGGCAUCAGCUACAUCGAGCCUACGACGGCGAGCGAGCAGGAGUGGCACGACAAGAUCCAGACGAUCAGUAAGACGACGCUCUUCCACAACGUCGACAGUUGGUACAUGGGCGCCAACAUCCCUGGUAAACCGCGAGAGCAACUGAGCUUCUCGGGCGGGCUCCCGCUCUACACGCAGGAGUGUCGCAAGGUGCUGGACAACGGGUUCGAAGGCUUCGUGACCGCAUGAAAGGCUAGAUGAAAGUAGAUUUGGCGUCGGUGACUUAUCAUGGUAUACAUGAAGUGUAACAUACUGUAUUCAAUCUAUAUGAUUC